UUAAGUUGUUACGGUCAAGUACUUUAGGCCAUGUGUGUUAUUUCUGCAAAUGGCCGCAAGUAGAAGAUAGCCAAUUGACAGAUAAUCCGAUCCAAUCCACAGUCAGUGAGCAAAGCAGAGAUGGAGUCUUUUAGCGUGAACGUCAACAAUAGGUUUGCGUUGUUUCUGGACGAUGAAGAUGACCCUGGUGAUGUCAUUAUGCCAGCUCCCGUCAAGAAAGAAGAGUCCACCAAAUCUACUAAGAUUUCGAAGCAGCCAGUUGGCAAGGGUGUGAAAGGCAAGGAAAAUAAAGAUAAAAUCUCUCAGCAAGCCAACAAAAAGCCUGCUGAGAAUGGAAACAAAAGUGCAGAUCGCCCCCUGUCUAACUCGAAGGGUCCCCAGCGUUCAACAGGGGGUCGUGAGAGAAUGGAUAAUCGACGAGAUCGAGAGAGAGGUGACCGGGACGACAGACCCCCCAGGGCACCAAAAACUGGACGACCAAGACUGUCAUCAAAGGAAAAGGACGGUGAGGGUGGUUUUGGUAAUCAUAGUCAAGGUGACCAGAGAGACGAACGCAGUUCAAGAGACCGAGGAACGCGACCCUUCCGAGGGGGGAGAGGGGGGAACACUGGUGGUGGUGGCGGUGGGCUCAGAAAGAGAGAAUUUGAAAGACACAGCGGAAAUGACAAGAGUUCAGUAAAGCCGACUGAAAAGAGAGAAGGGGGAGGGGCCCACAACUGGGGACGUCAAGAGGACCAACCAAAUCUCUCCACUCCACACACACACAGUGAUGAGUGGACCAAUGAGGAAGAGCCUCCGCAAGAGACUGAGCCUGUAACAAAUGGCGAAGCCACCGAGGACAAAACUGGUGAGGAACAGGCCGAUGAGGCGGCACCGGUAGACGAAGAGCCAGAAGAAAUGACCCUUGAAGAAUACAGAGCCAAGAACCCGACUGGUCGAGUGAAAGCUGAAGUUGCGGAGAGAAAGGCAGGAGAGAAUGUGGACAACACUCAGUGGAAGAACACCUUUCAACUGGAGAAGACAGGCGAGGAGGAGUUCUUCUCUGGAACCAGGGAAGUGAUUGAGAAGCCCAAGACAUCUGGACGAAUCAAGACAACAAUUGACACAACUGGCUUUUUCUUUAAGGAUCAAGCAAGACGUGGACGUGGCCGUACCGCAGGGGGUCCAGGGGCCAGUAGGGGAACAGGACGUCGAGACGGAGAGGAACGUCGUGAUGACGGAGAUCGAAGAGUAGGCCGUGGAGAUGGAGACCGAAGAGGUGAUCGUGGAGAUGGAGACCGACGAGGUGAUCGUGGCGAUGGGGACCGAAGAGGUGAUCGUGGAGAUGGGGACCGAAGAGGUGAUCGUGGAGACGGGGACCGAAGAGGAGAACGUGGUGAUGGGGAGAGACGAUUUGGCCGUGGUGACGGCGAUCGAAGAGGUGGACGUGGUGAUGGCGACCGAAGGCGUGGCCGUGGCGAUGGCGAUCGAAGAGGUGGCCGUGGCGAUGGCGACCGAAGAGAUGGACGUGGAGAUGGCGACCGAAGAGUUGGGCGUGGAGAUGGCGACCGACAAGUUGGGCGUGGAGAUGGCGACCGUAGAGAUGGGCGAGGGGAGAGGAGACCGUUUGGUGGCGGCGGCGGCGGUGUACGAAAGCGUGACUAUGCCCCUAAUGUCGAAGAUGAGAAAGAUUUCCCAUCACUGGGCGCUCAAUGAGUGACUAUACCUCUCGAGGUUUUGCGCUAAACUCUGCUUGCUUUACUGUACUGUGGCAAUAGUGAUCGUGCAUGUUGUACAAUUAUGUGUUUUGAUUUGUGUCUGUAUGUAUCACUGCUGAUACUUGUGUUGCACUGUACCUCAUGUUUGUAUCAAUAUUUUCCGCAUACAUUGA